CGGUUGGACAAAGACCAGUCAAAGUGAUCUACCACGCAUUUUGGCUUUCGCCGUUCAGCUGACAACGACAUAAACAAAGAGGAUCGCCAUUCGCACUUCGAAUCGAAGCGAAUGCUUGUGUAUAUUCCCACAUCAUCUUUAUAUGUACACGCAAUAGAUAUAGACAGAUUUGUAUAUCUACCAUCUAUCAAUAAUCUCUCAUCUAGACGCCCGGCUGCAGCCAUGCAUGAACUACCUGAGGGACUGAACAAUUCACUACGGUCAUUUCGCGGCAGCAUAUACGGAAACAGCCUACGAUCAAAGACGAGGGAGCUCGAAGACGAUCUCGAAAAGGGUUCGGACGUAUAUGAGAAGAAAUCUGAGGACGAUGAUGACGAUCAGGUUGAGAGACCUCUGAGAGCCGUGGUUCUGCACCCGACCCAUUCCUACUAUGCCCUUCGACAACAGGCGGAAGCAGACGAGGAAGCGCGCAAGGUUCUACGACUGCCUCGCUCAGGUGUCUCGCCGCAUCGGUUACAGACAGGUCCUCACACGGAGUCUUCACAACAAGAUCACCAGCCUUACGAUCCCGAUCCUAAGCAAGCAACCGAAUCCCAAGAUCCCAGAUCGAACCCGGCAAAAGCCUCCGAUGGCACUAUCCUACCCAGACGACAAGCCACCUUUGACGUCCCUCAGACACCGGCAUCUGCCAAGAGAAGUUUAUUCACCGGCCCCAAAAUCUCUGACCCUGACCCUGCCGCUGACCGCCUAGAUGAUGAAAGAACACCCUUGACCCACGAAGAUUUCCUCGAAUUGAUGGGCCUACGGCCGCCCACGGGCCGCUACGACCUCCCCAAGCACCUCUCCGCGCCAAAGGGCCUUUACGGCACCAUCAACAGUCGCCUGAGCUACGUCAACUUCAAGUACCGCGUCUUCGACGUCUUCACCUACUUCUUUCUCAUCCUGCAGGUCUUCCUCAGCGCCGUCUUCAUCGUGCUGGGCAGCCUGACGCAAGUCGACAGCCACAUCGCCAUCGCGAUCCUCGGCGCAGUAUCAACAGUGGUAGCCGGCGCGUUAGCGCUGAUGAAAGGUCAAGGUCUACCGAAUCGCCUACGGCAAGUCCGCGACGACCUGCGGAAUGUGCUAUUCGAAGCAGAGGAGCUGUAUUUCGACGCGGCGUCGGGCCGCUCGGUGUAUUACCGGGACAUUCGGAAACUGAGGGAAGACUAUCUGCGCGUCACGGAGGAGGCGAGGAGGAACCAUCCCGACACCUGGAAUCGGACUACGACGGAGAUUGCGAAAGCGAUCAACCCGAAGAGUCCACAUGUAACGGCGGUGGCGGGAUCGAAUACGCCUGCGGGCGCCCAACAUCAUAAGUCUGCAGUUUAAUGGAAAGUGAGCCACCAAAGCCUAUGAUGUGCGUGAUUACCUCUAACGUGCGUCUGUGUCGUGAAUGACUCGUCUGUCAGUAAUUUGUUGUCUGCCAUUCAUUUUAGCGCUGUCAAAGUCAUGAAGUUUGAUGUAAGUUGGAAAGAG